AUGGCUGAAGAAGCAGCUGGAGGAGCUGUAAAGUCUCUACGGCCUACCAGGAACGUUCCUGAGACGGCAACUGUCCAUCAGGAAGACAUCAAAGAUGAGUCAGACACAGAUCCUGAAGAUGAGGUGAAUACACUUUACCUGCCAUUGGGGAAGAAGCAGAAGCAGCGUCUGGACAAGGCCACUACAGCCAUCAAAUGCUUCGGAUGCGGUGGGAGCCACAAGAGAGCUGAGUGCAGGUUCCGGCCCACCGUAUGCAGAGGGUGUGGAAAGCGAGGCCACAUUGCAGCCGUAUGUUUGAGUCAACAGAAGUCUUUCUUGAAAGCAAAAGUUGGAAAGAUUGACCCAUAUGCUUCUUCAAAGAGUAUAUUCUCCAUUAACGACAAUAGCAUUAUAUGGCCCAAGAAGUUCAAUCAUGUAAGGAUCCACCUAUUUCCUGAGACACAACCUAUUUCAGUAUGUAACGAUAACUGCCAUCAAGGAUUUUAUAAAAUGAAGAAGGAGGGGAAGCCCUUUUGCUGUUAUGAUUGCCUUCCAUGUCCAGAAGGAAAGAUUUCAUCCCAGAAAGAUACCACAAAAUGCACCAAGUGCCCAGAUGAUCAAUAUCCAACUGAGAACCGAGUCCAGUGUAUCCCCAAAAAAAUAACCUUCCUGUCCUAUGAAGAACAUCUCAGCAGCAUCCUCAUCUCCUUUACUCUACUGUUGUUCCUAAUCACGGGCUUUGUUUUAAUCAUAUUCAUCAAAUACCUUGAAACUCCUAUUGUCAAAGCCAACAACCGGGAUCUCUCCUACAUCCUCCUUGUCUCCCUUCUGCUUUGCUUCUUAUCCUCCUUGUUCUUCAUUGGCCAACCAAGGAAAGCCACCUGCCUUCUCCGACAAACAGUGUUCAGCAUUGUCUUCUCAGUAGCCGUGUCCUCUGUGUUGGCCAAAACAAUCACAGUAGUGCUGGCAUUCCUAGCCUCAAAACCAGGCAAUAAAGUGAAAAGAUGGUUGGGGAAGAGCUUGGCCAAUUCCAUCAUCCUUUCUUGUUCUACUGUCCAAAUUCUGAUCUGUGGCAUAUGGUUGGGACUUUCUCCCCCAUUUCCUGACUCUGAUCUGCACUCCCAGCCUGAAGAGAUUAUCCUUCAGUGCAACGAAGAUUCUGUCACCAUGUUUUAUGUUGUCCUUGGCUACAUGGGCUUCCUUGCUGCCAUUUGCUUCAUUGUGGCUUUCCUGGCCAGGAACCUUCCUGGAGCUUUCAAUGAAGCCAAGCUGAUCACCUUCAGCAUGCUGGUCUUCUGCAGUGUCUGGAUUUCCUUCCUCCCCACCUAUCUGAGCACUAAAGGAAAAUACAUGGUGGCCGUGCAGGUCUUCUCCAUCUUGGCCUCCGGUGCUGGACUAUUGAGCUGCAUCUUCUUCCCCAAGUGCUACAUUAUCAUCCUGAGACCAGAUCUAAACACUAAGGAACAUCUAAUGGCAAAAUCAAGGGAAUGA